AUGCAUUUUACCCAUCAAAUCGGCUGCCAGUUCGCUGCUGUCCUAGCCUUCACGGUCCUGGCCAAGGCUGCUCCGCAAGUUGGUUCCCUCAACAAUACUACACCUGGGGCACCUUCAUCCAUACCUACGCUGUUUCCCGUCGGGGCGAAUGGCCCUAAUGCGCCCGUGGUGUUCCCGCUGUCCAAUGGCUUCCCAAACAUCGCCAACAACACGCCUGCGUUCCAGGCAUUGACGGUGCAGGCACACGGCUCCAUAUCAAAUGCACCACCGCCGCCCUCCCUUGCGGCCGAUGACCUUCGAAGUCUCAAGGUCGUCCAACUCCAAGAGACCUUCGAGGUGUACUAUUUCACGCAACUAUUGCUGAACAUCACAAACAAUGUUCCCGGUUUCGAGAUUUCCGACCCAGCAACAAAGGCGGACAUCGUCGCAAAGUUGACCGUCAUUCAAGGCCAGGAGCAGUGGCAUGCCCUUCAAGCGGGUGGAGUUUUGAGACACUUCAAUGUUUCUCAGAUUCAACCCUGCAUGUUCAAAUCUUCGGCUACCGACUUCGCCAGCGCCAUCUCGUUGGCCGCGAACUUCACAGCCGUGGUCAUCAGUAGCCUGCAAGAUGUUGCAGUGAGACUUGGCCAGAAUGGCGACUCGGGCGUGAUUCGUGGCAUCGUGUCCACUGUUGGCCAAGAGGGAGAGCAACAAGGCGUCUAUCGCACGCUCCUCCAAGACCUCGUUCCUGCUGACCAACCGUUCCUGACGCAGUCGACACGCGAGUUUGCCUACUCGGCACUUCAGCAAAACUUCAUCGUCCCCGGCACAUGUCCGAAUGACAACACAAUUGAUGUUCCCAUUUUCGGCACGCUGAAUGUCUUGACGAAGAAUAUCCGAGCGGUGGAUCAGACCCUUACUUUCAGCAUACGGACGAAUUCAACGCAGGGGUUGAGCUUGGUGUACAUCAACCAGCAGAAUCUGCCCAUCGUGCAGACAAUCAGCAACGCUACCUCAAGGAACGGGAUGAUCGCCUUUCAAGCCGACUUCCCUUUCACCAAGAACAACCUGAAUGGCCUUACCAUUGCAGCGGUCACGAAUUCUAGUGGACCGUUCAUCAACGCCAAUGAUGUUGCGAACAAAACGCUCUUCGGCCCUGGCUUGAUCUACCCAAAUUAG